UUUGUUUGUGCCAGCGACCUCCAGUGUUAGUGAGUGUAAACAAACGCUCCUCAGUUGAACUACCCAGGUGAUUACUCUCCCAUAUACCAGGAACUAAAUAAUCUUGAAAUUGGAAUUUGUGGAACUAGUUUUGAGGUGAAGUAUGCCUCCCAGGAAACAGGUUGAGAGCCUGGAGCAUAUGUGCUUCAUGGUGAUGGCUGGAACUCUUCAUCGACUUGCUGUUGAAUUAGAAGAAGAACCAGAAAGUUGCCAAGUUUCUGCAGAAGAAUUAUCCUCCACAGUAGCAUCACUUCCUGCUGUCAUAAAUGAAAAUAUGAUAACCAAAGUCAUUGAAACAAUUCAUCAAACUGUGAGUAGGACUCGAAGGACUAUUGGAAUGCGAACGUGUCUUGAGGUGUUGCUUCAACCACAUGUACAGAGACUAGACUUGAGUGGGCUCUUCUUCAAAAUGCGACUUCCCGUGGCUAUUAAUAUGACCAUAAGAAACGUUGUACGUGAACAAGUGGGAAGCAUGAAAAAUCUUAUGAUUCUCAAUAUGGUCAGCAAAUGCAGUGAUGAAAUUCUGUGCAUUGUCAGCCAAAAAUGUCCAAAUAUUACUGAGGUGAUUGUAUCUAUCUCUGAUCUUGUUACUGAUGAAGGACUUAAAGCUCUAGCUCUAGGGUGUCCCAAACUUGAAAAACUGGGUAUCUCUAAAUGCUGGGAGGUAACAACAGAUGGUAUUGCCUAUGCUCUGCAGUAUGGCAAGAACUUACAAAAGUUACAGUGUGAUCAGCUGGGUGCUGUCAUGAUCAACAGGUUUAAAAAAUCCAAUACCACAUUUAAGUUGACACAUUUUGAGCAAACUCAGACUUUAUUUGAACCACAAGAGGAAGAAAUUGCCUGGGUUGGGGGUGCCUGUCCAUGUCUAGAGUCUGCCAGCUUGUUCGUGGAUGAUGAAAGUUUAGCGCUGGUCCCACAGUUGGGUGAUAUUAGAGUUCUUGAAAUAGAGACAUCAGCUAUUUUGGGAAAUGGGUUUGUUAAGGCCAUAACAAAUCUUGGGGUAUCACUUCUAACUCUACAGCUAAACUGUGAUGAAGUUAACCAAGAAAAAAUUGUUCUGCUUGGUAAAUGCUGUCCCUGCCUGACAACCCUGCACCUCACCACAGCAACAGUAGAGGGAGAUGAGCUGCUCAUUAAUCCAGGCCAGCUGUUCUCGUCUCUCACUGCAUUGCACCUACAAGUUUGGAAAGAAACUGUCAUAAGUAAUGAAUGUGUUGAAUUUUUCCUCAUGUGGUGUCAUAAGCUGGAGUCUGUGGUCCUUAAAGCUGAGCUGGAAUUCCUCACUGACCAGUACUUGAAACGGAUCCUUGCAGCUAACCCUCUCACAGAAGCCAAACGCAUCAUCAUUGCAUCUGAGAAACACGUACCACUUACAUUGGAGAGUGUAUACAGACUGAUGGCUUCCUGUCCAUCUCUUGAAAAUCUUGGAAUCUCAUCCUGGGAUAUCACCGAGGAAGAAUUCUUCAAGAUCCGUGAUGAUGUCAGGAAGAACAAUUACAAUUUUAUGAUUUCCUAAAGGGCUCUCCUGCUUCACCUAGCAAUCUCCAUCAUCACUGAUCAGUUAAAUGAUCAAGUGCUGGAAAGUGAAAAAAAUUAUACCGGUGAAGACUUUUGGUGUUGGCUUAAACACUACAUAUCUGUAUUUAUGGUUCCUUUAUAUUAUCUUCAGGUGAUCUGCUUCUAAAACUUGAUAACUGUGGUUUUAUAUUUAAUGUUAAAGAUGGUUGUACACUCAAACCUUGUUAAUUCAAAGUAGUCGAGGCUCCGGGUUGAUUGAAUUAUCACAAAAUAUCAAAUUACCCAAAUUACAACACAAUUCUGGAUUUUUUACAAACUUGCCGACAAUUCAAAAGAAAUUAGUGAUUUGCACAGGAUAUGUGUUCUGACGUUUGAUACUGGGAAACCUAGCAUGAGAAAAACCCUAACACUGUCUUAAUAAUAAUAUACUUUACAGUACUGUACUGUAUUCUGUAAUCAGUAGACAUUUUUAAAUUAACUUGAAUAAAUGUACAGAACAGUAUAUAUUAACCCUUAGGCCCUGGGUAACGUUCCAGAACGUUCGCCUAUUCCCGCCACUGUUUUAUUAUUUUUGGAAAAGUUGAUUUUUUCUCGAUUUAUCUGGGGGUGUUCUGCCAGCAGCACCCCUAACCCGGGGCUUAAGGGUUAAAUGUUUGUGUAAUGCAUGUACUGUAUUAUAAAACAGUAAUAUUGUACACACUGUGCAGUUUAUUUUAUAAUUAAUAUUAUUUAUAACAUUAUAGAUAUUGGAAUAACUUCAACCAAAUUUAAGGUUUGGGGGGCAUAUGUUUCUGGUUUUAAUAUUAUUUUUUGUUUUUUCAUUUUUACUACGCCAGUGAUUUUUUUUUGGGGGGGGAGGGGGCUGUAUAAAGUACAGGUAGUGUAUUUCAAUUGUGAGACCUUAAACUAAUGGCAUUUUUAAAAGUUUUUAUUUCAUAGGAACACAUUCUCAUUAUAUAAAGAAAGUCAGACAAAUUCAAAUUUUUUCCAAACCAUGAAAUGUCACAAAAUCCAUCACAACAAAAAUAUCAAGUUUUCCCCAAAUUUUUUAUAAUAAAUAUGGAACUAGCAAGGGUCAGUGUACUAGGUAUCAUCCAAAGACACAAGGGAAUGCUUUUAAAAGACUGUUGCUCGUACUGUAUAUUGCUUAUUGGCUUCACUUUCAAACAAAAUGGUAAAAAAAUAAAAAUAAAAUAAAAAUGGAAACCAUGCCAGUAGUUACCCACCAUAGAUUUAAAUAUAUUGGUUGUAUUUUUGUAAGUAUUGUAGAUACCCAAACAAACAGAAUAUAAUGCUCACUCAGUAUUUGUAAGUCAUGUUCACUGAAGUAUGAGAGACCCAUGAUGAAUGGUAACAACUUCAUACCUUAAUAAAUUACGAUGGGCAGUACAGUACGGUACUUAAAAAACACGAAAUGUUUAUCAUAUUAAAUCAAAAUGUCUCGGGUUUUUCCACUGAUCUUAAAAUAUUUGGAAAUUUUUUUUGGGGGUGAAGGAUUAGUUGGGGAGUUGACCAUAUUCUGUGGGUUUCUUGUCUGGUUCAUAUCAGCACCACUGGAUAUUUUUUCCUGCGGUAUGUGAAAAAAAAAAAUUUCCCAAGUAA